AUGGCGACAGAGCAGGGUGUCGAGUCGCUCGCGGCACACCUUAACCUCACGCCCGACGAGAAACGGCUCUAUGGGCAGCUAUUCCGACAAGCAGAUACUGGUAAUGCAGGCGUCGUCACGGGCGAAGUUGCCGUCAAAUUCUUCGAGAAGACUAGGCUUGAUUCUCGCAUCCUUGGCGAGAUCUGGCAGAUUGCCGACAAAGAGAACCGCGGAUUCUUGACGCCAGCGGGCUUCGGCAUCGUGCUAAGAUUGAUCGGCCACGCCCAAGCUGGUCGCGAGCCGACCACAGAAGGUGCAUUUCAACAAGGUCCUCUUCCGCGCUUCGAUGGCAUCGACACAAACCCCCCCAUGGGCUCGCCCACCGCGCCCGCUGCUCCCAUCCAGGCACAGACAAGCGGUGGCGCCAUCCGCAUUCCGCCGUUGACCCCCGAGAAGGUCUAUCAAUAUGGAAGCGUGUUCGAGCGCCAGCCGCUGGUGAACGGUACACUGGCGGGGGACCAAGCCAAGCAGAUUUUCGAGAAGAGCGGUCUGCCUAACGAGGUCCUGGGCAGGAUCUGGAUGCUGGCGGACACGGAGCAACGCGGAGCCCUGGUGCAGACCGAAUUUGUCAUUGCCAUGCAUCUCCUGACCUCGAUGAAGACGGGCGCGCUCCGUGCUCUGCCAAACGUCCUUCCUGCGCCACUGUACGAAGCUGCCACGCGCCGCGGGCCCGCUACCGCAGCGCCCAGACAGUCACCGACAACCACUGGAAUCUCUGCUAUUCCACGUCAGAUGAGCGGCCAUGCCCAGCCCAGGGCUAGCAGCCCGCUCGGCCGACCGCCCAUCACCGCGCAAACAACAGGAGGAGAUUGGUUGGUGACCCAAGGAGAUAAGGUCAAGUUCGACCAGAUCUUUGCGGAUCUGGACAAAGGAAACAAGGGGUACAUCACUGGAGAGGAGGCAGUGCCUUUCUUCAGUCAGUCCAACCUUGGCGAGGAAGCAUUAGCCCAGAUCUGGGAUCUUUCGGAUAUCAGAUCUUCCGGACACCUGAAUCGUGACGAGUUCGCGGUGGCCAUGUUUUUGAUCAGACAACAACGUGGUAACCGUACCAACCAGCUACCUGCGACCCUUCCUGCGAGCUUGGUACCACCAAGCUUGCGUCAACAGCGUCCUCAAACCGCUCCCUCGUCCGCUUUUAGCCCUCCGCCGGUGGCGCCUCUGCCGCAGCCGCCAAAGUCAGCCCUCGACGACCUCUUCGGCCUCCAGUCGAGUCCCUCCAGUCCUCCCCCACCGGCAGCCCCCCAGACUACUGACGGAUCCAACGCCGAUCCUUUCGCUGGCGGUGCGGGCUCCGCAGGGCCUUCGUCACCCAUCCGGACUACAACUACGGGCGCCAACCACAGCACUUUCCCGCCUGCAUUUAUCCCAAACUCCUCCUUUGGCCGGGGUCUCACACAUCAGCCUUCUGGUAAUUCCGCGACUUCGCAACCGAUUGGCGGCGAUGACCUGCUGGGCGGCGACGAUGACGACGAGAGCAAGAAGAUCACAGGGGAUAGCACUGAACUGGCAAACCUGUCGAACCAGAUCAGCUCACUUGCAAAGCAAACCCAGGACACGCAGGGCAAGAGAGCCACGACUCAGACCGAGCUGAACCAGACCAACUCCCAGAAGCAGAACUUCGAGCAGCGACUGAGUCAGUUGAGGACUCUCUACGAGAAGGAAGCCGAGCAGACCCGCCUUUUGGAAGAGCAGCUCAAGAAGUCACGGGAAGACACCCAAAAGCUGCAGUCAGAGUGCAUGCGACUCGACGGGUCUUAUCGGGAUGCGCAAGCACAGCACCAGGAAGUGUCGGCCGCUCUGCAGGCUGAUCAGCAGGAGAACGCGAGGCUAAGGGAGCGCAUCCGCGUGGUCAAUGCUGAGAUCGCCCAGCUCAAGCCUCAGAUCGACAAGUUGAAGUCGGACGCCCGCCAGCAGAAGGGUCUUGCUGCCAUCAACAAGAAACAACUGUCGACUACCGAGGGCGAACGUAACAAGCUCAAGGCUGAAGCCGAUGACUUGUCCAGAGGCGUUGAAGAAGCUCCACGUCAGGCUCCAGGAAGCUCCGCUGCUUCGCCCAAGGCCAGCGUUGCCAGUCCUGCACUGUCGACCGCGAGUGGCAACAACCCCUUCUUCAAGCGCACAGCAAGCACCGACAUCAUGGGUGCCUUUGCCUCGCCUCCUGCCAGAGCAUACACCGACACUAGCUUUGACGAUGUGUUUGGCCCUUCGCAGGCCCCUGCGUCCAGCGCCACCCCUCCGCCUGCCACGACGUUCAAGCAGCAGCACACUGGGAACUCGACUACUAGUGCUAGCUCGGCUCCAGCGCCUGCUGCUUCUUCGCCCGUCCUGAGCCGCCAGGCAACCUCGGCCUUUGAGCCUCCUGCGCCCCCCGAGUCUCACCAGAUGAACUCGAGCUUCCUGCCCUUGCCCGAUCAUUCCGAGUCACUCACCUCCUCACGCCAAGUGUCGCCUCCCGCAUCUCGAGGCGAAGGAUCGGUGGCUGGGAGCCUGACCCCUUUCCCGGAAGCAUCCAGUAACACUCCCAGCGCAGUUGACGUCCCUGGCGCGUUCCCAGGCGACGACAAUGGCGACAAAGACACGCCCAGUGCGACCCCGAUCCCCACAGAGCACAACCCAGCGUCUCCGACUGAGGAGAGCAAGGCCUCUGAAAACCCCAUGGGUGUGUCGGAUCCUUUCGGCAGUGCGGAUCAGGACCAGGCCAAGGCAAAGGAGGAGUUUGACAGUGCUUUUGCUGCAUUCUCCUCCAACAAGCCGCAGGACAAGGCUAGUCCUGAUGGCAACAAGAACAAGCUGGCCGGCUUUGGCUCAGAGUUCCCUCCUAUCUCGGAGCUUGAGCAUGACGACGAGUCUGACUCUGAGAGUGAGAAGGGCGGAUUUGAGGACAACUUUGCUCCCCCGCAAAAGUUCGGCGAACAGACGUUGCCAGAGACGAAGCAGGAGGAGCCCAACACGGAGCGCAAGAGCCCCGAGCAAGCAUCGUCCCCCGCGACAAUCACUGGCGGCAACUUCCCAGCUAGUGGACCCAGCCAAUCUGAUGCCGAUCACAUGUUCGGCACUGCUGGCGCUGCGGCAACCCAGCCGCAGCCAUCCGUGCCCGCUGCCAAGGGUGCAUUUGAUGACGACGAUGAAUUUGAGGGUCUGGAGGAUGCCAAGGAAGGCUCUGCAGAUGACGACUUUGCCAAUGUCUCUCGCUCGGGUCUCGAUGACUUCAACCCCAUGUUCGACAGCAGCCCACCUCAAAGCCAGGCAAAGAGUGAUUCGACUGCUUUUGGAAAUGAAAGCAGCUUUGACUUUAUCUCCUCUAACACGACCUCGGGAGGACCUGCUCCGACGAGUGGGAACGGGAACAUGCAAAAGGGUGCCGAGACACACGACUGGGACGCCAUCUUUGCCGGGCUUGAUUCGCCGACAGCAGCAGCGACCACGCCUCCUGCCCAGCCCGCGCAAAUCGCCAACAACACAAACAGCAGCACGAACGAGCUGGCACCACCCGAGAGGCCCGCUGGCCCUGGUCGCGCGCUGACGGAGGCCGGUGAGCAUGAUGACCCUAUCCUGAAGGAUCUCAUGGGACUCGGCUAUCCCAGGGGGGACGCAGUGGCUGCGCUGGAGAAAUUCGACUACAACCUGGAGAAGGCGGCAAACCACCUCGCUUCUCAGGCAUAA